AUGAUUGCAUAUCGUAUUUCACAGCGGAAUUUCAAACAGAUUGUAAAAAUGUUACGACUGGCGCUAGUGCAAAUGUUUGUGGGUGCAGAUAAACCUGCCAAUAUAAAACGUGCUUCUGAAUUAAUUAGUCGAGCUGUGUCUGAGCAUUCACCUCAUCUUGUAUGCUUACCAGAAUGCUUUACCUCCCCUAUUGGUGCAAAAUAUUUUGGACCCUAUGCGGAAGCUGUUCCAAACGGUCCAUCAUGCCAAAUGCUAUCAGAUACUGCUAAAUUACAUAAAAUAUGGCUUGUCGGUGGUUCUAUUCCUGAACGUGGACCUGAUGGCAAGUUGUAUAACUGUUGUGCAACAUACAAUCCAGAUGGUGAACUAGUUGGCUUAUAUCGUAAAUUACACUUAUUUGAUAUUGAUAUACCAGGUCAAUUUGCAUUUAAAGAAUCCGCUUCACUUAGUUCUGGCAAAGAAACAUUCUCUUUUGAAAUACCUUUAAAAAAUUCUGAAAAUAAAAUUUCAGUAAUACGUGUUGGAAUUGGUAUAUGUUAUGAUAUACGUUUUCCAGAAUUAUCACUUCUAUAUGCUAAUCAAUUAGGAUGUCAAUUACUUUUAUUCCCUGCUGCAUUCAAUCCUAAAACUGGAUCUUUACAUUGGGAGUUAUUGGGUAGAGCACGUGCUUUAGAUACACAAUGUUAUGUUGGAAUGUGUAGUCCAGCCUGUAAUCUAGAAUUAGACUAUAUAAGUCAUGCUGAAUCAUUGAUCACUUCACCAUGGGGUAUAGUUAUAGCUAAAGGUGGUAAAGAGGUAAGUAUUUGAUGAGUAUUACUGAUAAUCAUUCAUUGUAUUUCAUAAUUCGUUCAAAUUUAAAAGCUUUUGUGAUUAAUUUUAUGAAAGUAAACUACUGAUGGAUUUUUGUAACCUAGUGAUGGCAACAAGUUCUAAAGAGUCAGCCACACAUAAGUAACAUAGAACCUGUGCAUCGAUUCACGUUGUCACACCAUACUGUAUUAUCCCAGAAAGAUGGAUGAGAUAAUCUGGAAAAAUGUCAUAUUAAUUGAAAAUAUUCAGUAUAGACAUUAUGAUUCUGGAGUAAAAAGAGUAUAAGAUAGUUUUAAACCUCAAAAUCCUAGAUGGAAGACAAUGAUUGCAUGCGUUUGUGUGAUUGUGAUCGAUUCUAAGCCAUAUUAUCUGAUGUUUGUAACUACUGGUCGCAAUUAUCGUGUGGAACUCAACUACGUGAUUUAAAUCGAUCAACAGGAUUUUAGUUUGCGCUUUCCUGGUCUUCUUACAACCUGAUCAUACACAGGUAAAUAUCGCAAGUCAUAGUAGGCGGUGGUUGGAAAAGGAAACAGUCAUUAUCAUACUAUGAAAUUAUACACUCUAGCGUUUUCUUGUAUUGACUGUCAGGCAGAAAAAACCGGAUGAUUACUCUUGGAAGUCUAGAGAUUGCCUCAACCGAAUUAGUUUAUCUUGAGGACAAUAGGCAAUUCAAUUAUUUGGAACCCUAUUCCCCUGACGAGUUCAACUUAAAAUUAAGAUAAUGUAGUAAGAAGGUACAGAUAUAUUAGCUUCGUACAUUUUGAAUGGUCUGAUCACUCGUAUGCUUGUCAAGAAUAGUUAUAUAUGGAAAGUAAAAGGAAACAAUGACAAUUAAAGAAAAGAAUACUUAAAAAAACGAAAAACUCAUCACGCUGUAUACUAAAUCGAUAUUACCAGGGUAGGUCUUUAAUAUUGAAAACAGAGUGUUUCUGUAUACAUAAAGGUGGGGGGUUGAAUUUUAAUAUGGCCAAGGCCUCAAUAAACUCUAGACAACUUUUAUACAAAACUACAUAGCCUCAGUUAAGAUCAGUCUGAUGACCUGUUUCUACUAUAUGUUUAAUUUUAUUUCUUUCAGUAACCACUUUGAUACAUGUUCAGGGACCUAACUUGCAAGUCACGGUUGCUCUUCAUGUAUAUAUGGUCGUAAACAUGUAAAUUGUUGAACAUCCUGGUUUGUGACGCGAUCGUUUAUAUGCCAUUUAGGUUUCCAGUAAAAUGUUGACUUUGUUUUUCCAAUGAUAAUAACCCUUGUUGCACAGUAUAUUUUAUUAACAGCUGACUUGAGCCUAUUUCACUCACUUUCGAAUGGUAGGGUGACAUAGACAAGCUUUUGUAUGUUACGUUUUCAUAAUUUACUUUGAAUAAAGUUUAAUUGUUAUUGCUCAGUAAUCUCACAUCAUGUCCUUCGUUUUUAUACUGCCUUUCAUUGCACAGUCUCCUUAUCGGUUCACUUGAUAUCAGAGGAACUGUAUAUCAUCGUUUAAUCGACCUGGUAAAACUCUCAGUCAAUAAUUUGUUUUUUAUCUCCAAUAAUUUCGGUCUGAGAGUAGAGAGUAAAAAAGAUUCCGUAAAGUGGUUGAUACUCUGUAAGUAUUCACAAUUUGCUGUCACUGUAUGUUACCAGAUCAACUGAAUCCCACUAGUUUACUUGAUCGGCACAAUAUACUGUAAAUUAACUUAAGACUUCACUAAAGAUGAUGCUGUUUUGCCUAAGAAAACUUACACAUUGUGUUGUUUGGCAUCUAACUCUUGUUCAUUUUAUUCACAAGUGUAUUUGUUCCGUAGUUCAUGGCAUUUUUGGCAUCAUAGAUCACUACUUGUAACUGGGAUUGGACAGUUGAAAUGUGUCGUUAAUUUGUCAGCACUUUUUGUUCAAUUACAAAAAGAACUUACUCAGCAUCACUGUAUAUUACUUAAGUGACGUAGAUGUGUUUUCGAAUGAUCUAUUUAUAUUGUUUGUUUCUAAAGUACCCUGUAAUUAUGUUACUUUUGUCGUCAUUGAAUUUGUAGGAGGAAAUAAUAACAGCCGAUCUAGACUUUUCCGAAUUGAAAUGUGUUCGUGAAAGUAUUCCAAUCGGUCGACAACGACGUCUAGAUAUUUAUACUACACCAAAAUUAGUUAAAAAACAAUCGUGAAACUAUUUCUCUCUUUUCUAUUAAUUACAUUCUUUGUGAUAUAUUUUUUGACUGUUGAUCAUUACACACUUUAUAAACUUGAUUGAAUUCUGUAUUACGUAUUACUUUUGUCUGUAUUGACAAAGACUAUUCACGAGUGAUAUUUUCAGUUCAAAAUUCUUCAGUUGUUUGUCCUGUUCUGUUUAAUUCACUGAUCAGUCAUGAUAACCUGAAUAUAUACUCGGUUAUGAGUCACUAAGUCUCUUAGAAUUUGAACUUAAGGCUGCUGAUAAAAGUCUGUAAGAUCAAGGACAGUCUAUGAUUGUUGUAAGUGUAAUCUGAAUCUAAAAGUGAUGACUGUUUCCAGUGAGUUUGGUUGUAAUCCCGUUGUUACGUGGAUAUUUGAUGCUAACAAACAGUCAGAUAGAUGGUGUUUUAAGUAGGCACCCUAUUACUUGUUUUUGAGUGAAGAUAAUAAUUAUGGUACAUAACGAAAGACAGUAUAAAAUAAGAUGUAUUUUGACAAGAAAGGUCUGUACGACUGGAGUGCGAUUGAUCGGAUUUAGUGUUACUUGAAGCAAUGGGGGUUCAUAUCUUAGUACGGGAAGUGGUUAUAAUCUAGAUCUUAAAUACUUCUACUCACUCAGAAUAUGCCUAUUCUACUUCCUGGCCUAUACACUUGAAUUGAAGCCUGUUACUAGAAAACAGAAUUUGGUAAUAAGAUUCUGACCUCCAUAGCAAGUUAAAGACUGAAGUAGUGAAGGUUUAGUAUAUUUUAUAUCGCGAUCAACUGCAUGUUACUGUAGUACCAUGGGUUUUUUGCUUGUAAGUGACAAAAAAUAAAUGUAUUCAGUUGAAUAUAGUAUUUGCGGUAAGAAUGAUGAAAUCGCUUUGAUCACUUAAUCCGUCAGUGGUCAAUAAAGAUAAUUGAAAAUACAGAAAGAAUAAGUGGGAGUGUAAGGAACCACGAUAUGAAAGGUCGGAAAUAAAGGGGAAGCUGUCCGAUUUCACUAUGGUGAAAGAAGUGUGGCAGUCUCAUUAUGUUUGGAUAGACUGGUAAGUGAUAUCCCUGUAAGAAUAUAUUUUUUUUCAAAUUGUGUCUAAAAAAUUUUCACGCGUAUUUUGUUGAGAAUAUGAGCAAUAAGUUUUUAAGAGAUGUACGAUUUAUUAUAUUUAGACAGACGAGUUUUAUUUCCAUACCAUGACGGUUUUGUUGAACUGCUCGUGCUAUUGCCCUUUAUCUUUAAUUUUCAGUGUUCAGCGAGUAAAUGGUACAUUACAUUAUUUGAAUAUAUAAAUGAUUAAUAGAAAUUUAAAUGUAAUUAGGUAUUUUCUGUUAAGUAAGUAAGAAACAAUGUCUUACAUGACAUUCUAACUUUAAGUAACCCAUUUUGUCAGAGUUAAAUGUUACGUCCUCUACCUGAUCACGGCAGAAAACAGCAUACAAUUCUCAGAACUCGAACGUGAAGACCUCAACAGUCGCGAGUAAAGAGAUCGAGGAAGCGAUUAUUGGGUAGGAGUCGAAAAUGUACAGAAAAACGGGUAUUUAGAGUUCUUAGUACUGGCUAUUAUAUCAUUACAAUCCGCAUUCAGGAAGGUAUUAUAGUUGUCUAAUAGUAGCAUACAACGUUGAUAUCCCUGAAGCCAUCUUCACGUUCUCGUCAGACAGAAUCUCUACACCUUACUUAAAGCCUUUGGAGGCAUGGUGCUUUUGAAGCCGUCUCAACAUUAACCAAAGUAUAAUACUAGACCUUAGCCUAUGCAAAUAACUCAUGAAUGUAGGUUUAACAAACAAUCUUUAGACCAGGAAUUGUUCUAUCUUAGGAAGACUAGAAAUAUGACCAAUGUCAAUUGUGGAAGUAAGUAGGCUUCAACUUUGUUAGGAUUGUUUUUAUACUAAUAACAGGUUAACAACUAUUUAUUGACGAGUUUCAUUGCUACAAGGCGUCUCGCUGUAUAAAUUAUCCUAAAGCAAGUUGUAUUCCGAGGACAUGCAAAAGUACACCAAUCUCUCUAGUCCUCAGAAAGUUUCUUCCAACAUUUACAAAAACUAACAAUCGCUGACUUGUAGAGGUAGAUAAAUUUCUAAAUAAGAAGUUCCAUAAGUCACCCACAAUGAUUCUGACCCCAUUAGAUUUACUGAACACGCCCAUCUGAGGGUGCUCAGUCACGCAUUUACAACAGAUCACGAAUGGGCAAGCUGUGUUACGCAUCACUUGUAACUGUUAACCAGCUUAGAUCAGAUACUUUCUAAUAUAUCGAUAGCAUUUCAAAUAUAACGUCGAACCACUGAAUCUCGGUUUGACUGUGCUCGGAUACUUCGGUUGUAGAGAUGUUAUAUGUGAAGGCGUUGUCAAACUCCACAUACCUUUGACAUCUUUAGUCUCAGCAUUAAACAGAUCAAAAUUGGGCUCUGAUGUCUAGUUUAUCACAGUCAUCAUAUAGAUUGAAACUAUAGAGGACUAAGUUGUCCAAACGUUUGUAAAUGUCCACGCUUUUUGAGACGAAUCAAAUGCAUCGUUUUACCGGUUUGCAAUUUCAGAUUUGAAGGCUAGUCUGUUGUCGUCUGUCAGACCUCCAUGAAUUUCGAACUAGUUAUUUCGCACCAAGACUUUUCAUCAUCACCAUAAUAGCGAAUUCCUAGAAACAGCCGCUAUGAAAAUCUGUUCACAUAAGUUUGAAAGCUAACCUUUAAGAAGACAUAUGUACUUUCUGGACUCGGAUAGAACGAACAACUAUAAUAAGUAGUAACUGGAUUGAAUGCAAUAAAAAGACCAGUAAUAAUCAUACUUGUCCAAUGAGCAGGGAUUAACCAGAAUGCGAGUUAGAGACAACAUAAUUGUAGCUGUAAAUAAUUCCCCAAAAUCAAUAGCUCAUUAAGUGUUCGACAUUGGAUGCUGACCACGUUGUUUAAGUGGACUUGUUUAGCUGA